ACCCUGCAUUCGCUAUAUCUGGUCUCCCCGGACCCUGCAUUCACUAUAUCCGGUCUCCCCGGACCCUGCAUUCACUAUAUCUGGUCUCCCAGGACCCUGCAUUCACUAUAUCCGGUCUCUCCGGACCCUGCAUUCACUAUAUCUGGUCUCCCAGAACCCUGCAUUCACUAUGUCUGGUCUCCCGCAGUACACAGAACAUGGAAAUGCAAUUAUUUUAGUAAAUAUAAACUUCUAAAUACCUUUUCUCAGCAGUACAUAGCAGUAUUGUGACUUCUAUCAG